AUGAACUUUAGGAGGAUUUUCCUAGUCAAGUGCUUGCUGCUUUUAUUUCCCAGUGUAAAAUGCUCCGUCACCAACUGGAUUUACGUGGCCGUGAAUGAGUCAGCUCUUCUCAGCAUCGCUGCUGCUGCUCCUGGGAGCGUAUAUGAUGCAACAUGGCUGAGAGACAGAAAAAAGUUGCUUCAGAUAAAAGAUAAGAAAGUUAAGUACUAUGUGAACAAGGAUGAGUGCAGAUGUAAGAUAUUCCUAAAUGGGACUUUGCAAAUAGAGCAGGUGGUGAAAGAGGACAGUGGAAAGUACACGGUGACUGUUUAUCAGCGGGAUGGAAAACUGAAGGCAGAAGAAGAUACAAUGUUCAUCGUUCAGGAGCCUGUCCCUCAGCCAAUCCUCAGUGCUGAAUGCACGAAUAAAACCGUAUCUGUCAAGUGUGAAGUGAAGCAGAAGACUAAAGAUGAAACAUUUAUAAUUGAACUGAUUCAAGAUAAAAGCAAAAAAAUCCAAAAGAAUGCAACAAGGUUGGAAUUGCACACACGAUAUUCUGGGAAGUUCAGAUGUGUUCUUAAGAACCAAGUCAGCGAAAAAAUGGUUGAAAAAGUAAUUAAGUGCUCAGGCCAGCUGGACCUUUAUCUCAUCUUAAGCAUAACAGGAGGUGCAGUCUUCUUUGUCAUCUUCAUGAUUUUGCUUAUUUAUUGUAUCAGGAAGAAGAAAGCAGAAAGGCUUGAAGGUGAUGACGCGGAGCGAAUGAUGCAGGCUCGCCAGGCGGACAGCGAAAUGGCGGUGCGGGAGCUCCCUCAGCCGCCGUGCAAUCCCACCCCGAAGCAGCUGCGUGUGCAGCAGCGGCCGCUGCCGCAGCCCCAGGUGCAGCAGCAAGCACUGCCCCCGCGGCCCAGGCCCCGCACUCAGCAGCGGACUCCAAACCACCCGAGAGAAAGACCUUGA